UGGAGAGGGAGUGCGCCUGCGCAGCAGCUGGCGGGGCAGAGUUGAUACUCGCGAGGCUCCUGUCACAUGAGCGGCGCGCUCCCUCCGCUCCCCCUCCUCCCUGACUGGGCUGUGUGAAUGAAGCUCUGCCGGCUACGUGGGGCGCUAGCUCAACUUGGUGUCUGGGACUCCAGAGCCGACCGAGCGCGCUGCCCGCCCGCGGCGGACACGGGUUCUGCAGCUUCUGAGCUCAGCGACAGAGCAAAUCAGUUGCGCCAAGCUCCAAGUUGUACCUGUACUCGUGCCAUAACGUCAGUGGAAGCUGCUUUGGGUAAAUGAGGGAAACCCAGAAGUUGAAGCAUUAAAAGUCAGUUUGAGACUUUAGAGUCUUACAGAAAGCCAGACCACACAGCCUACCUUUCCAUCCAUACCCCAUUCAAGUCUCCCUACAAAGCUGGGGGGUUACUCUGCGAAACCCUGAGCCUGUGACCCCAGUGUUGAAGAAGACUGGAUCAAGAUGGCCAUGUGGCAGGGAGCCAUGGAUAACAGAGGCUUUCAGCAGGGAAGUUUUAGUAGCUUUCAUAGCAGCUCCAGUGAUGAAGACUUGAUGGACAUACCAGGGACAGCUAUGGAUUUCUCCAUGAGAGAUGAUGUUCCUCCCCUAGACCGAGAAAUAGAAGGGAACAAGUUCUAUAAUAGUGGAGGAAUAGCUUCUUCAAAUAGGAUCAUGGACUUCUUGGAGGAGCCGAUUCCUGGCGUAGGGACCUAUGAUGAUUUCAACACCAUUGAUUGGGUGAGAGAGAAGUCUCGAGACCGGGACAGGCACCGUGAGAUUACUAAUAAAAGCAAAGAGUCGACAUGGGCCUUAAUUCACAGUGUGAGCGAUGCUUUUUCUGGCUGGUUGUUGAUGCUUCUUAUUGGGCUUUUAUCAGGUUCCUUGGCUGGUCUGAUAGACAUCUCUGCACAUUGGAUGACGGACUUAAAAGAAGGUAUAUGCACAGAGGGAUUCUGGUUCAACCAUGAACACUGUUGCUGGAACUCUCAGCAGGUCACGUUUGAAGACAGAGACAAGUGCCCAGAGUGGAAUAGUUGGUCCCAGCUUAUCAUGAGCAUGGAGGAGGGAGCCUUUGCCUACAUAGUCAACUAUUUCAUGUACGUCCUCUGGGCUCUUCUGUUUGCCUUCCUUGCUGUAUCUCUUGUUAAGGUCUUUGCACCUUAUGCCUGUGGCUCUGGAAUCCCAGAGAUAAAAACUAUCUUAAGCGGUUUCAUUAUUAGAGGCUAUUUGGGUAAGUGGACCCUGGUUAUCAAAACCAUCACCUUGGUGCUGGCAGUGUCAUCUGGCUUGAGCCUGGGUAAAGAGGGCCCCCUAGUGCACGUGGCUUGCUGUUGUGGGAACAUCCUGUGCCACUGUUUCAACAAAUACAGGAAGAAUGAAGCCAAGCGCAGAGAGGUCUUGUCGGCUGCAGCAGCUGCUGGUGUAUCUGUAGCCUUUGGGGCUCCUAUUGGUGGAGUAUUAUUUAGCCUGGAAGAGGUCAGCUACUAUUUUCCCCUCAAAACUUUGUGGCGUUCAUUCUUUGCUGCCCUAGUGGCAGCAUUUACUCUACGUUCCAUCAAUCCAUUUGGGAACAGUCGCCUAGUGCUAUUUUAUGUGGAGUUUCACACCCCAUGGCAUCUCUUCGAGCUUGUGCCAUUCAUUCUUCUGGGCAUAUUUGGUGGUCUAUGGGGAGCUCUGUUUAUCCGCACAAAUAUCGCAUGGUGUCGGAAGCGGAAGACCACUCAAUUGGGCAAGUAUCCUGUCAUAGAAGUACUCAUUGUGACAGCCAUCACUGCCAUCUUGGCUUUCCCCAAUGAAUAUACCCGGAUGAGCACAAGUGAACUUAUUUCUGAGCUGUUCAAUGACUGUGGCCUUCUGGACUCUUCUAAGCUUUGUGAUUAUGAGAACCGUUUCAACACAAGCAAGAGUGGUGAACUGCCCGAUAGACCUGCUGGCCCCGGAGUCUAUAGUGCCAUGUGGCAGCUGGCUUUGACACUCAUACUGAAAAUUGUCAUUACAAUAUUCACCUUUGGCAUGAAGAUCCCUUCUGGCCUCUUUAUACCUAGCAUGGCUGUUGGUGCUAUAGCAGGCCGACUUUUAGGAGUAGGAAUGGAGCAACUGGCCUAUAACCACCAUGACUGGGCCAUCUUCAAUAGCUGGUGUAGUCAGGGAGCUGAUUGUAUCACUCCUGGACUUUACGCGAUGGUUGGGGCUGCGGCCUGCUUAGGUGGAGUGACUCGGAUGACUGUUUCUCUUGUUGUCAUAAUGUUUGAACUGACUGGUGGCUUAGAAUAUAUUGUUCCUCUGAUGGCUGCAGCUAUGACAAGCAAGUGGGUAGCAGAUGCUCUUGGGCGGGAAGGCAUUUAUGAUGCCCAUAUUCGUCUCAAUGGAUACCCCUUUCUUGAAGCCAAGGAAGAGUUUGCACAUAAGACCCUGGCAAUGGAUGUGAUGAAACCCCGGAGAAAUGAUCCUUUGUUAACUGUCCUUACUCAGGACAGCAUGACUGUGGAAGAUGUAGAGACCAUAAUCAGUGAAACCACAUACAGUGGCUUCCCUGUUGUAGUUUCCCGGGAGUCCCAAAGACUUGUAGGCUUUGUCCUUCGAAGAGAUCUCAUUAUUUCAAUUGAAAAUGCUCGAAAGAAGCAAGAUGGAGUUGUGAGCACAUCCAUAAUUUACUUCACUGAGCAUUCUCCUCCAAUGCCACCAUACACUCCACCUACCCUGAAGCUUCGGAACAUCCUUGAUCUCAGCCCUUUCACUGUGACUGACCUUACACCCAUGGAGAUCGUAGUGGAUAUCUUUCGCAAGCUGGGACUACGGCAAUGCCUGGUUACACACAAUGGGCGAUUGCUUGGAAUCAUUACCAAAAAGGAUGUGUUAAAGCACAUAGCACAGAUGGCAAACCAAGAUCCGGAUUCCAUUCUCUUCAACUAGAAUCAGGGUUCUUCUGGAUAAAAAACGGGAAGGACAUUGCAGAUCAUGGAUAUAUUUUAUUAACUGGGUACCCAAAACACAUUUCCCAUAUUUGGAUGGUGAAGUCAUAUUAGUGUGUUGUCUCUUUCCUUCAAGUUAACCAGUUGCACUACAUAAUCUGGAAAUUAAUCUUCUCGUUAGGAGAAAAUAUGGUUAAGCUUCUGAUAUAUUGCAUUAGGAAGAUCUCAUGAAAGAGUAUAAAUAAGAUUGCUAUGGUUUAUAUUUUUAAAUGAUUUUUUUAAUUUAAAAAAUAAUUGUUAGCCAAUAUGCAAUCACUGAAAACUAUGCAAGAAAAAUUCCAACCGUCCCGAUCCAUAGUCUGCAGGAAACUUAUGAAAAAAGUCACUUUUGGGGGAAUCUGUCAUGGGUGGAAGAUGAAGUGUAAACUAAGGGGCUUUGCUUUUCAAACCAUAGAAAAGAAAGCCAGAAGGAAAAUAGUGAUGGUAUUUUUUAGACUGUGAAGAUUCAGUUCAAAUAUUAUCCUUGUUCCUGUUACAAUAUUUAGCAUUAUUGGUUUGUUAUGUUUUUAUGUAUAUGUUAAUUUUAAUUUCUGAUUAUAAGACCAUGCUGCUUUGGUUAAUCUCCUCUAAAUUACUUUAGAGAGGUUGACUUUUAUAGCUUGCUUGUUCCUGGUACUCUUUUGAAGUGCACAACGAUAAGUUAUAGAGCUUUCUUCUUGUCUGCAAAUGGUCCAGAUGGUUUUUGUUAGCUAAUAGACAAGGACUUUGCCAUGAAUUUAUUAGUAGCAAGGGAUGAUUUCUUUCAGCUUCCUUGAAAUGAAUGAUAAGUAAAGUUCUAAGCAAAGCCAACGACUAGGAAUUUCACAUUUUUGUGAGGUCCUAACUCAUCCUCUUACUCAGAUGCCACCUCCACGGAUGAUGGUGCUUUAUGCUUCUGGAAUACUUAAGAAUAGUAAAGGGAACCAAGUCUAGACUGCAUACUGGUAAACCAGGGAAGAUUCAGAGCUGCAUCAGCAUCGUCAUGCAUUCCUUUGUAAACACUACCAGUACUAAAAUAACAGCAUUCAUGUUCCUCUCAGCAUCAAGUACAUAUAACAGGCCAAUGUUGUCCCCUUGAGCAUGAACUAGGAUUGAAAUACUUUCAGGUAUGUUCAAGGUGUUGGAACAGAGUAGGCAACUGUGACUUGAAUGCAGAGCCAUCCAAGACCUGGGGAUAUGGACAAGGCCUGGUGACACCAAAGGUGCUUGUAUCCACUUGAAAAGGUGCCUGUCUCAAUUUUCUACCACCCUUACUGCAGUUAAAAACAAAUCACACAAUAGAGACACCUGGUGGAAUUAAAGCGCCACCACCAUCAUUCCAACCACUAUUUCAUUGUCUGUACUUUUACUUAUGUGCAAUUAUUCCUCAUCCAUUCGAUUCCUCUUCUUCCUUCGUUCUGUUCUUCAGUCCUGAAUCCUCAGAUUGAGCACUAGGCCUGGUUAAUAAUUACUAGUAACAAAAAAAAAUACUAGGGCUAGCUGAAUUAUAAAGCAGGGCUCAGCAAUCUUAAUAGCACGUGGACUGUAGGUGUCACAUAAUGCCUUUAUUUGUCAUGUGGCUUGUUGCUGUUGCCCUGCCCCAUUGCUGCCCCAGAUGCCCAUGGCAAGGAAGCUCCAUUUUCAGGGAGGAGAAUUCAACCAUGCUUAUUUUAGAAAUCUGUCCUAGCACUUGCCCCAGAAUCACCAGUCAUUUGGCACAAUCUCCCAUACUCCCUAAACAACACAGUGUACCUCAUUUCAAAGUUGUUGCUUUCCAAACCUAGGACUUUUUAUCUUUCCAAAACCUGAAAUUCUUUUAUCUCCCAGAGCUGAGUUAGCCAAGUUUAUUUUUUUUAAAUUUUUAGCUUUUAGCAAUGGAGGCAGUCACCAGAGUUCCUUCUUUUAAGUGUAUCUCUCUAGCAUUUUAAUGAAAAAGAAGAAAAUACUCCAGGGUGUGUGGUGUUCUAGUCACAGCUCAGUAUCUUUAUGCCUUUUGUCCCUUCCAUGCCACUUAUUCUUUCUUAUGAGAUGAGACUCUGCCUGACUGACCAACCUGUAUAUUAUAUAGAGAUCAAAGUUAUUUGCAUAUUUCUGCUUCUAUAUCCAUCUUAUUAAUCAUCUUUCCUUAUUAAAGUUUGCAAAACAAGAAAUGUUACUAUUACUGAUAUUUAAUGGCAAGGGAAGAUUUGGACAAAUUUCAUAGUCCAGCAGUGACAUGAAAGGUGUCUUGUUUGCCUUUGUGUUUUUUCUAGGUUCUGUUCUUGAUUUCAGACAGAUGAGCCAGUGCUAAGGUGCUACUUCAGAGAAUUAAUUUAAAAAAUCAGAUAACACUGUGCCAAGGUGUACUUUCUAGAUACUAAGCACCGAUUGCCCCCCACCCCCAGAGAAUGACAAUAUCCCUUUGAUACCUCACUCCUCAUAAAUCUCAUUCAUUAACCUCAGCUUCUCAGGAAUUCUUGUAGCUUGUACACUAGAAGUAGCUGCAGUGUAUGGGGGUACUAUAUGUUCAAUCCUAUGGUUUGACUUCAAACUAUGGCUUAUUGUCCUGGAGCACUCUACAAGACUGCUAGCUCAGCACCUUAACAUAAACAGUUUCUUGUAUUGAAGAAGAAAGACAAGCUUCUCAUCCUGAAGGAAGAUAUGCUUCCUGCCAUUGUCAUUUCAGCAGUUAAACAUACCUAAUCCAAAAGAAAAGUCAAAACAGGGAGGUCUGUCCAAAGCCUCAACUGGUCGCAUACCUCACUGGCAAAAGUCUAGAUAACUUAUGAUUUUAAAAUGAAUGAAUAGAGACUAGACUAUUUUGGUACUAGACUAGAAAAUUACACAACACAGGGAAGGGUUUACAAAAGAAUGCCAAUAGGUACUUUGACAGAGUUUGGAUUUUCCAAGGAAGAAUAUUUGGUCACCAUCCAGCCACAAAAUGAAUCAGAGUGUUAAGUCUGACUCCUAUAUUUUAGAUCUUCAGAUCUUCAAUGUAAAGAAUGUAAGAAAGCUGACACAAUGAAUGUAUAAUGAGAAAAAAGUGGAAGAAGCAGAGGGCUAAAAUACCAAAUAAUGACUAUGUUAAAGAUCAUUUCUAUUGUGAAAUUUGGCUAGAAAUGAAUUGCAGCACUAUCUUCCUCUGGCUCCAGCAUCCUGGCUCAGCCCAGCUGUAGAGUAGAGGUGAUAUCUGUAAAAUAGAUAUCCUCUGGUGAAUUACUUGAAAUUGACUUUGAAUUUGCCAGCUGGCGUAGCAAAUGAUUCAUUUGCUGAUUGAAGAGCAAAACAAUUGAAUUGUUUUGGCACCAAAGGCUGAAUCUAAAACCUUUGUAGGAAAGUGGAGUCCUUUUUGUAAGAUACAUCCUCCAGAUAUGUGGGCUGUACAUUAGUGUUUGAAUUUUUUAACCACUUCCGGGAUUUCCUGGAUUUCCUUUGGGGAGGGAGUUGAAAGUGAUGGCAAUAGAUAGGCCCAGGUAAGAAAAUGUAUGAACAAUAUAAAAUGGUCCAAGGAAAGGCAUCCCAUACCCCUUGUCAUGCAUCCUGGCACUGAGAUGUAUAGAAACUACUUGAGAAACUACUUGAUCAUGUGCCUGGGGCAAGAGCAAGUCAAAUAAUCCCCUAAGGCCAGGCUUUUGAAGGAAACCAGAGGCUCAAAGCCCUGUGCAGUUCAAAGGCAGUCUGGUUUCAUAGAGAGGACUGAUUCCCGGGUAUUUGCACAGAAGGGAAUGUGGUAUCUAAAUGAUAAACUUUCUUUACCUUUGUAUUUUUAACCUCCCCACAAAUGUCUUUAUUAUAUACUGAAAUGGAAAAGGUAAGAAUUGUUCAGAUCAGAGUUCUAGAGCUGUGUACAUUUGAAGCUCAGUCGGCACUAUGGACUUGAAUUUUGUUCGCCUUCAGUUCCAGUUGUUCACUCCAAGGAGAAACGCUCUGGGAAAAGUUGGUGUGAGCAAAUUGAAGUCACUCUCCCAGCAUUUGCUGGCUGCAUUCUCAUUUCUACACAUCUGGAUUCUGGCAGUUUUGAAAAGAUGCAGGGGGAAAAAAGUGAUUUUUCCAUGAUGUAUUCUAUAUAGCUUGAUUUUGCCAAAUCACAAAAGAAAAGGAAGGAGAAAAAGAAACAAACCAAGCAAGCAAGCAAGUGAUAUGCUGAGUUUGCAUUUCGUGUAUGAGACUUCUUAGGCCACCCGGCCCAGUCUUGCAGUCAUAAUUCCUACCUCUAAAUUCCUAAGUUCCUACCUAAAUUCCAGCCUACCAGUGGGUCUUCAGCUUCAGUGUGUAUUCACUGAAUGAAUAUACCUUGCCUAAAGUUUGACUAUUACAGCAUGUGAUAUAAAAAUGUGAGGGUUUAUUAAAUACAAUCAUUGCCUCUCCCCUUAAUCUCCUUAUCUUCCUUUCCCUCAACCAUGCUCUGAAUCCAAAUUUGUCUCCACUUUCACAAACCUAGUGUCUUGAAUGUGUACCUUGCAAGAGAAGGAGAGGAUGCUGCUGAGAAGAAUGAAAGCUCCUCCUGAGUGAAUGGGGCAUUAACAUUUUGCUCUACUAUAGGAGUUAAAGCCAGAGAUGGUAUUGAGAAUAUCAAGGGUUUUGGCAUUGUAAGGUAGACCUAGGAAAUAUCCAUUGCUAAACUUUAUGUUAUUUACUAAUCCCAAUCUGUUGGAAUUCAGAAGCAGUCUAAGAUUUGGUGAGGGAAAUGCAAUUUAGCAAAAUGAGGAAGAAGGCAGGGCCUGUAAUGACAUUCAUGAGGGUAGGAAUAGUCAGCCUCACUAUCAUAUUGAGGGUACCUCAGAAUAUAUGAUCCUUCCAGAGUUCUCCUUUGCCCUUACCCACUUCACUUUGCCACCCUUUUACCUUCCUUCCCCAGUGGUGUCCUGCCUUUUUAGUA